AUUAGAAGUUGGAACAAGUUGCCAAAAAUAUCUGGAAAUUGGAUGGAUAAAGAUAGAGAGCAAGUGAAACAGACAGUGGAGAGUGAGGCCAUGGCCACUGCACUUCUUCUACACACAACCCCGAACUUCCUCUCCCCAAUUUCUCCAACCCGAAUCCCCAGACUCCACCGCCGCCACCUCCACCGCUACUGCACCAAAAAACCCAAAAUACCCUCGUCGUUCCGAAACGGCGGCCCGGCAGAAACAGAGUGCCCUGUUCCGCUGGAGCAGCAGCCCAUAAACGAGUACCAGAACCUCUCCAGCUCCUUCCCCUUCUCGUGGGCCUCCGGCGACCUCGUGGAGUACUGCUCUCGCCUGAUCGCCACCGGCGCCUCCUUCGCGCUCUUCGUGGGCCUCCCCGUCGCGUCCUUCGGCGUCUUCGGGGCCCAGUCGGAGCCGCUGAAGCAGUCUCUCUACGCUGUUUCCAGUGGCUUCCUGGUGGUCACUCUCGCCGUCGUGAGGAUGUACCUCGGUUGGGCUUACGUCGGCAACCGCUUGCUUAGUGCCACCGUUGAAUACGAAGAGACUGGGUGGUAUGAUGGUCAGAUAUGGGUCAAGACUGCUGAGGUUUUGGCGCGCGAUCGCCUUCUUGGUUCAUUUUCUGUGAAGCCGGUGUUGAGCAGAUUGAAGGUAACACUGGUGACUCUUGCAGCAUCAAUACUUGCAUGCGUUGUUGUCCUCCUUUACAUCGAUGGAGGCCAGAUUCAAGAAGCAGAGAAUCGGGUUAUACGGGGAGUUUACAACGAUGAUUCUGCAAGAUCGUUCGAGCCAGAUGCAUUUUGUGGUGGUGAUCCUGCUCCUCCCCAAUAACAAUGUCGCAGGCAGUGCGCCUAGAAUACUAGUAUAUAACCCUCUUGUUGUACAUAAAAUAUAAAUAGCUUUAUCUUGUACUUUUCCCCUGCAUAUUGUAAUGAUAAACAGAUUCAAAAUGAAUGGAGAAUGAGAG